AUGUCGAAGGAUAUCGAACAAUUCGUGAGCGAAUGUAGUGUUUGUAAUGCUCAUUCAACCAGUCAACAGAAGGAGCCAUUGAUAAGUCAUGAGGUUACAGCGAGACCUUGGCAAAAGAUUGGGAUCGACAUAUUCACAUUGAACCAACGGGAUUUCCUAAUCACUGUUGACUAUUUUUCGAACUAUUUCGAAGUUGACCGUUUGCGCGACAAAACGGCGAAGGAGGUCAUUGGAAAGCUUAAACCGCAUCUCGCGAGACACGGGAUACUGGAUAUGACAAUGACUGAUAACGGCCAACCGUUUGGCUCCCAGGAGUUCAGCUGUUUUGCGGAAACAUAUGGGUUCGAACACUUAACGAGUUCUCCUCUAUACCCACAAUCCAAUGGAAAGGUAGAGAAGGCAGUCCAUACUGCAAAAAAGGAUCAUGACAAAGACCUUAGCGAAUGA